UGCGUCACAGGAUUUUCUGUUUCUCCAUCUUGGGUCAUGCGGGGGGACAACGCGGCCUGGUUUUCAUGAUUAGGUGAUAAUUCGGUUCAGAAAACGAAACGGAUGGUGAAGAAGAGUUGAGCGUGCGGCGCAGAGUGGCCAUUUCCUUUUGAGGAUCCGUUGUGGGAUCAUCUGUGAACUCCAUUGUCCUGCUGGGCCCACAAGUUGAUCUUGCCACCAGUUCACCCAUCACUCUGGUUGUGAAGAGGCGCGGUCUCCAUUAGAAGAAAUGGAGCAUCGAGGCAAAACGCUGGGGGCUGAUUUCAACCCCAUAGUGCUGCUGCAUAGAUUAGAUGCCCAGCAGAUGUUGCUGCUUAAAGAAGAUGCUCCUGAAGAACAUGGACCAGGUUUUGACAUACAAGGUCCAGAGUCUCUCUCACCAACCAUGAAUGAGGAUGAUGAAGAGUUUCUCCUGUCCUCACACCUUCAUCAGCACCACAUACAAGACAGAGAGUUACCAGUAGAUCACUGUGAAGCAGCAGAACUCAAGAAGAAAACGCUAGACUCAAUGAGGAAAGUUCAGGUUGAACUGAAGAUUAGCUGUGAUGACAAUGGUAAAACAUGUAAAGAAAAUCCAUCAUCAAAAAGACAUGUGAGAACCCUAGCAGGACAUAAACAUCUCUGUAAAUUGUGUGGACACACAUUUAACGAAAGAAGAAACUUAGACAGACACAUGAGAAUCCACACAGGAGAGAAACCUUUCAGUUGUCAUCUUUGUGGAUACAGGUGUAGCAUAAAAUCAAGUUUAAAAAAACACAUGAGAAUCCACACAGGAGAGAAACCUUUCAGUUGUGAUCUUUGUGGAUACAGAUGUAGCAUGAAAUCAAAUUUAAACCAACACAUGAGAAUCCACACAGGAGAGAAACCUUUCAGUUGUCAUCUUUGUGGAUACAGGUGUAGCAUAAAAUCAAGUUUAAAUGUGCACAUUAAAACCCACACAGGGGAGAAACCAUUUAGCUGUGGUUGUUGUGGAUUCCGAUUUGGCAGAAAAUCAAGUUUAAAGGAACACAUGAAAACCCACACAGGAGAUAAACCUUUCAGUUGUGAUGUUUGUUUGCGAAGAUUUAGUCAGAAAGGUUCCUUGAGCUUGCACAUGAGAAUCCACACAGGAGAUAAACCUUUCAGUUGUGAUCUUUGUGCAUAUAGAUGUAGCCUAAAAUCAAGCUUAAAUAUACACAUGAGAAUCCACACAGGAGAUAAACCUUUCAGUUGUGAUCUUUGUGCAUAUAGAUGUAGCCUAAAAUCAAGCUUAAAUAUACACAUGAGAAUCCACAAAGGAGAGAAACCUUUCAGUUGUGGUCUUUGUGGAUACAGAUGUAGCCGAAAAUCAAGCUUAAAUAUACACUUGAGAAUACACAAGGGAGAGAAACCUUUCAGUUGUGAUCUUUGUGGACACCAAAGUCGCAAAAAAUCAAAUUUAAAUGAACACAUGAGAAUCCACACAGGAGAAAAACCUUUCAGUUGUGAUCGUUGUGCAUACAAAUGUAGCACAACAACAACCCUGAAGGCUCACAUGAGAAUUCACACAGGACAUAAACCUUUCAGUUGUGAUUUUUGUGGAUACAGAUGUAAUAUAAAGUCUAGUUUAAUUAGACACAUGAGAACCCACACAGGAGAUAAACCUUUCAGUUGUGAGUUUUGUGGAUACAGAUGUAGCGUAAAGUCUAGUUUAACUGCACAUAUGAGUACCCACACAGGAAAUAAACCUUUCAAUUGUGACUGUUGUGGAUACAGAUGUAGCAGAAAAUCAAGUUUAAACCAACACAUGAGAAUCCACACAGGGGAUAAACCAUUCAGUUGUGAUCUUUGUGGACACCGAAGUCGCAGAAAAUCACAUUUAAAUAUACACAUGAGAAUCCACACAGGAGAGAAACCUUUCGUGUAAAAUUAAGUUUAAAACAACACGAGAACCCACAAAGGAGAGAAACCUUUCAGUUGUGAUCUUUGUGGUUACAAAUGUAGCGUAAAAUCAGGUUUAAAUGUACACAUGAGAAUCCACACAGGAGAGAAAUCUUUCAUUUGUGAUAUUUGUUUGCAAAGAUUUAGUAUAAAAGGUAAUUUGAAUAAACAUUAAAAUCCAUACAGGACAGAAACCUUUCAGUUGUGAUCUUUGUGGCUACAGAUGCAGCAAUAAAUCAAGUUUAAACAAACACAUGAGUCUCCACACAGGGGAUAAACCUUUUAGUUGUGAUGUUUGUUUACAAAGAUUUUGUCUGAAAGGUCACAUGAACCAGCACAUGAAAAUCCACACAGGAGAAGAGCCUUUUGGUUGUGAUCUUUGAGGUUAGAGGUGUAUCAGAAAAUCACAUUUAAAUGCACACAUGACAAUCCACACAGGAUAAACCUUUCAGUUGUGAACUAUGUGGAUAUCGAUGAAGCCAGAAAUCAUAUUUAAAUUUACACAGGAGAGAAACCUUUCAGUUGUGAACUCUGUGAAUACAGAUGUAGCGUAAAAUUAAAUUUAAACUGACACAUGAGAACCCACACAGGAGAGAAACCUUUAAGUUGUCAUCUUUGUGGAUAUAGAUGUGGGGCAAAAGCAAGUUUAAAUGAACAUAUGAGAAACCACACAGGGGAGAAACCUUUCUGUUGUGAUCUUUGUGAAUACAGGUGUAGUGUAAAAUCAAAUUUAAAUGUACACUUGAGAACCCACACAGCAGAGAAACCUUUCGGUUGUGAUCUUUGCCAAUACAGAUGUAUCAGAAAAUCACAUUUAAACACACACAUGAGAAUCCACUAAAGAUAAACAUUCUAGUUGUGAUAUUUUAGGGACAGGAAAUAAGGACAAAUUAUAUUUUAAAUGGAAGACUUUAAAUAAAAAGAUAGUUAUUCAGCUGUGAGUGUUGAAGUCUAUAAGACACUAAUGAGAGUGGAAACGAAUUUAAAAUGGUAUUGUUGCAGAGCUUAUUGUGGAGAAUUUCUGUGCUAUUAAAGAUGAUUUUUGUUUUUUCGGAUGUUUCUCUUCCAGUCACAGUUUGAUUUGAUUUUUAUAAGCAUAUUAUAGAAUACACUAGGCAUUUUCUGUUGUAUUGCUGUGAAAUGUGAUUUCUCACUGAGUUAAUACUAAUGAAUCAUAAUUAUUUUCUUUACUGCAUUUUCGUUAUUCCUGUAGAUACGGCUGUGCUACAUAUGUUCUCUAAUCAUGUUAACUGCUUUAUUAAUUGAUGAAUUUGCCUGUUAUAUAUUUUCAAUAAAGUAAAAUGACUAAAUGCAA